UGAGCGCGCUGGUAUAUCGAAUCGACAGUGUACUCGCUCGCAGUCAGUAGGUUCGCCGUCACCGCGGAGUGCGACCGUAGCCGCAUUCAAAUAACAAGACAACUCGAUUGAUAAUGAUUCGAUCGCCCCGCAGUGCUAACUGAACUGCGGUCGGGACCCAACGCUAAAAUUAUGACUUUUGGAUCGUACGCCUGCGAGGAAGUUAGUAGCAGUUUUCACGUUCACGAAGGGAAAGUAAGGAUAGUUUCGAGAUACUGGGAGAUCUUCGGUAAUACUGCCGCCGAGAGGCUUCGGUACUGGAACAAGCAGAGGUUGCUGGAACCACUCGGACUGCUGUAAAACUACAAAUAAACUUUAGAAUUUGGAACUCGAACAAAUCGCUAGUGCUAAAGUGAUAUAGGUGAACUGUGUUUGUGUUCAGUUUUUUUUUGUUGGGCUUUUUAUUUUGGAUAAACGAAAAUGGUGCCCCAGCAAGUGUCGGAUGUGAGGUCUUUGACGCCAACAUCCAGUGGAUUGCCCGUGUUCGGGUCUCAGCUUAUCGAUAAAAAUUCGUCUACCCCAUACACAGAUGCCACACAGACGAAGAAGAAUAACCCCAACCACAUCAAGAGACCGAUGAACGCGUUCAUGGUCUGGUCGCAGAUAGAACGCAGAAAAAUAUGCGAACAAACACCGGACAUGCACAACGCCGAGAUAUCAAAAAAUCUCGGACGCGUUUGGAAAACUCUGAACGACGAAGAACGCCAGCCCUUCAUCGAUGAAGCCGAACGCUUGAGGCAGCUUCACAUGAGGGAAUACCCUGAUUACAAGUACAGGCCUCGCAAGAAAACCGCCAAGACUGACAGAAGCGGUACGCGAACCGGUUCAGUGCAGAAACCGAAACGGAAGCAAAGAGCCGAUUCCAAUAACAACAGAGGACUGUCCAGGCGACGACGACCCGUGCCGACUGUCCCGAGCGUCCCCGUGGAAACGCCGGCCCCUCCCCCGCUGCCCGCCUCUCCUGCCGGUGCACCUGAUUCCCCGGAAUCCGCCUGUCUGUAUGAUGACCACAACAGGCGCGAUCAGGCGGAUCUGACGGAUCUCUAUUCCAUCACGGAUCUCCUUCCUCUCCCGGCGGACUGCGAAGUCGACUUAGAUGCGCUGACGACGGACAUCGACUCGUUCGAGACCGCUUCGUCCUCGUCUGGAUCCCACUUUGAGUUCUCGUGCACGCCUGACGUCUCGGACAUGCUCAGCGAGAUCGGCGUAGCGGGCGACUGGGUGGACCACACGUUCUCCUCGUAUCUGACGUCAUCUUAGAGCGGCGUCCGGGCCGCCUCGGCCGCUGCCGGCCGGUUCCACUGAUCUCAUGCGGUCGGCCAACGCGCCGCCAUACGGAGGCCGAUGACGCGGCGACCGCUCGCCGCCCCGCCUAGAGAGUGCCUAUCCAAAAUGACGUGUCGACAUUUGGAUUCAAUGUACAAAGUUAUUUAAUAAGGAUCGAGGGUGAAAAUUGUUUUGGAAACAAACGACCGCUCCGGUCGCAUUCUUCUUGUUUUCAAUGUUCAGUUGAAUCAGACGACGCCGUUCGGGAGUUCAAUGUUCAAGGCUGUGUUCAAGAUGCUUUUGUUAUUCAUUAAUUUCAACAAAUAGUUGAGAUGAUCUGUGAGAGGGCACGUCUCGGUACACAAUCCGUCUACUAUCCGUCGCCUGUAGUUGGUCGGGAGAUGGCUCUCGGCAUCAGCAUAGCAUCGCAUCGCAUCGCAUCGUCGCUUCCGUACUUUUUACGUGUACAUUACACUUGGCUUCUAACGCGUUCAGUUACAGCAAUGUUCUACGUCACAGACACACUUUCCUUUUUUUAUAUUAACAUUUGUACGAUUAGGAUGAGCGAUUAAAAUUUAAGUUCUCGUUUGAUAUAUAACCGUCUUAGAUGAAUGUAUCGUUCGUGGAAUAGAAAAUAAUUAAGACUAGAUUAUAGUCAAGUUCGCCUUGCGUUCUUUUCACUGUACGUAUAUAUUUACACUUUAUAUUUUGAUGCACAUGUAGUUUUAUGGUAAGACAUUAUAAUUUUUAAUAUCGGAAGCUGAUCGUCAUGUCAUUGUAAGAAUUUCGGGGUGCGGAGAUUGAGUUGGCACAGGCGGGACCCCUACCAAAAUGCUUCGAUCGGACCACAAAUUCUUUCUGUUCCAUUUAGGUAUUGUCUUCAAAAUUACUAUAGAAUUACGGUUGAUUCGUUUCCCUGUUGUGUUCUCUUGGCUCUUGGUAGGGGUCUGGCCGCCCGUGUUUUUUGUAAAUGUGCAAGUUGGUAUUGUAAUGUUAGGUAUCGAGUAAGUAAUAGUAAUCUUUGUUCAAUAGUAAGGUAUGUUGUAUUAUGUAAAGAGAUGGCACUUGUGAUUGCAAGAGGGACACUUUAAACCUUUCAUUUCUUUCCUUCUUCACGCUGAACAAUUCGAAAUAACGUAAACAGAAAUACAUAUCAAUAGGAAUGCUAUUCGCGGGACGGUGGGGGAAUGUGGUCAAGAACAAGAAAAUUAAAGAAAAAAAAAACAAAUUUUGCUGUUUUCGAGAAAAAAAAAAUCUGCGAUUUUAAUUUUUAAAAGGAUUUUCUAAAUUAAGAUUCUAGUGGAGACUGAUACGCAUAGAUUAGUUUUAGCAGCGCUAGCUUCUCUGACGUUUUAAUAUUGUUUUUUGAAAUGUACAUACAUAACGGGUCAUUCAACCUAUUUUAUAUAGCAUCGAUGUAUAUAAUGUAUAUUUUUGUAUACCGUCACUGUGGCAAGCUCUGUUGUGACAGCCUAUACCGUCUGUCGACGCGUCCGGACAAUGUUCGCUUCGAGAAAAUACAACAGAAAUGAUUUUAUUUGCGGGGCAAGUAUUCCUAGGUUACAGUGUGUUUUAAGGCAUCGCGUAUGAAACAAAGUCAGUAAUGUAAAACUCGGAAGGCUCUUUAUAAUUUUGAAUCAGUACGUUAAUUAUUAAAGUGGGUGUCUGAUCGUGUGGUGAUGCUUAAAUAUUUUUGCACUGUUGGCUUUGCAUGAUCGAAACAGAUCAAGCAGUAGACAAUAACUUGUUGAUCCUGGCACACACGACCGCCGAUACUGGGAAUAAAACAUAGUGUAGGCUAGGAUUCUUUACAUCGUUUUUAAUAAUGAACCAGAGAUUUUUAAUUUAGUGAAAACCUUACGUCAAAUGCGACAGCUGACGGUUCAUUAGCCACAGUUUGACACGGUUAACGACACCCUCAAUAGUUCAGGCCGUCAAGAACACGGUAUUGUCAAAUUUAAUUGCUUCGUGUCCGGUAUCUGCCAAAAAUAUUACAUUUUUUUUUAAGAUUUCCGUUGUGAUUUCGCGUGAUCGCAGUGACGAUCUCAAAUCGUACUGCGUAAAAUAUAUGCACCUUUCGUCAAUUGAUUGAAACCCACGUCAGUUACUUAGUUAUAGAGUUGAUAUAAACACGCCGAUUUGAAACUAAAUAAAAAAACACUAAUGUGAAAUAUUCGAACUGUCCCUAAAUUAAUUUAAAAAAAAAAACGGAGUAUUCGCUCUGUUUGUUAGGAAAGAAAAAAAUGCUUUACCUAUAAUUAUAUUCUUGUAAAUUGUAUACUUAUGUAAAAAAAAAAAAACGUUCAUGUAAAAAUAAUUUUAGUAAUGUUAAAAUACGCUGAAACAUGCUACAUUGUAUUAUUCGCGUGUGCUGUUCUAUAUAAAAAAAACAAACAUUACAUGAGUAUUGUUGAGAGGUAAAUAAAUAAAUAAAUAAAAAAGUGUGCCUAAUUAAAACGAAAAACAAAAAAAACGGACCUCUCACAAAUACUCAUCUAAUAAAUAGUGAAGCUCAAAAGUAUAUACUUAUUGAUAAGGACGUAGCGAAUAGAAUAGAAACUGAUUGUAUUCUUGUAAGGUUAUGUAAGUUCUUCAUGCAUUUUAUGUGACUUAAUAACGAGAAUUGAUAAAUUAACUUUUAGCGUGUUUCUGUAACACGAGGCGUUAUUUCAAAAGAUGGAUAGAUUGCGCGCGAAUACCAGAAUUUGUGGUCUUAGGGUUUAUGUUGUAACUAUACUGAGAUCUUAGAACUUAUAUCUCAAGUUGAGUGGCGCGUUUACGUUGUAGAUGUCUAUGGGCUCCAGUAACCGCUUAACACCAGGUGGGCUGUUAGCUCGUCCACCCAUCUAAGCAAUAAAAACAUCACGUCAUUGUCCUGCACGUUUUCUUUGUAUUCGUUAUUUUGACGUACAAUAUUGGGGUGUUCAUACCUUCGAUCAACAAUUACUAUUGUUGAUCGAAGGUUCAUACGGUAGAUUUUCAUUCGUGUAAAAACGAACGUGUGAGCGAGACAGAGCUAUAUUAUACGCCACUGCAACAUUAAAGUUCUUUCGAUUUGCUUGACAAGUUCGUUGAGUAUUCGUUUAAACGUAUAAACGAUAUACGACUUUUUGCAGUACAAACGCCACAUGAAUGGUUCUGUGUACAAUGUAUGCUAACUACUCCGGUUUGACACCGUGAGCUCACCUACAUGUUAGGGCGAAGCUGAAAUAGCCUCUCAAGGCUAUCAGGAUAGGUAAAAAAAAGAGUAUGCAUUCAUUCGUUAAGACGUAUACUGCAAAUAAACGUGCAGGAUAAUGCCGUGUGAACCCAACCUUAUAAUAAUUUUGGUAUUCAUAAUCGCUUUACAUAGGAUUGACCAUGAGCCCUGUGAUGCUAACUUUGCGGAACCACAUCAAUAAAACCCGCGAUCAACACGUUCACGACCCAAUUAAAUACGCAGGUCGCCCGUCAGCGUUAGCUAUUAAACAAAACCUUGUCAGUUAAAAAUUAAAAUUCCAUUAAAACUUGCAUUAAUUCUCGUUAUUACGUUCAAGUUAUAUUCUUCGUGCAUUAUUUUGCUUAUGGACAUGGAAUUUGAUGGUAAUCGUGUACUUAAUAUACCUAAUAAAUAGAUUCUCGAGUUGUUCAUAUAUUCUUUUAGCAGAACCGAUGUUUUUAAUAAUCGGAUCGAAUACUAGAAAAAUCCUACCAAUUUGAGUGAAAUCUAUUGAGGUCCUUGUAUUUUAUGAUAAAUGUUGUGUCAAAACCCUUCGAAUGGCACCUCAGGAAAUACGAGGUAAGAAGGUUUAAGGGCACUGUUUGAAAUUCCCUGAGCACAUACAUGGGUGGGAUUGUGACAUUAUCGGUUAUUAAAUUUGGUAAAAAGUAUUUAAAUUCAUGUCCACUUUACCUUAUACUUAAAAUCGUAAUUUAACAGUAACAUCGUGUAUUAAUUUGAAAAAAAAAAAAAAAAAAACAAUGAGCCAUUUCUGAAUCUGUUUAAAUAUUCAAAUCCAUCAGAAUAUGUCGGAGAAAUUCAUCUCAAUCACAUUCCGUUCAGUUGAAUUGUCUCAAGGGCGAAGAACAAUCACACUGUGUCCAUAAACUCCAGUCCCCAUGAAAACCAACAGAAAACCAUCAAAAUUCAUGAUCAUCCAUCUAUGCAAUCUUUUCUAAACUAUCAUUUGAUUUUCUCUCUUUUGGAAGAUUUUCCUUCACUACUUUACUUUCUAUGCAACUUCUAUUCCCUUUUUAUUUGUCUUAAUAAAAACACCGAAUCAACGAUAUGAAAAGCAAUAUUAUGAUGAUAGUGACACGACCGCUCAAAUUAGUUUUAAAAUGUUUUUUCAAUGAUAAAAUUUAUCACACAAGUGCUACUUAAUAUAGACUUGUAUUAUUGCAGUAUCUAAAGGUUUUUUACACAUAAUAACCGCCGGAAAAUGCUUAUUUCGUAACAAAUUAUCAUAAGGACACUACAAAUAGAUCACACGCCGAUUGAUGAUCAAUUUGAAGAGUAAUACGUUAAUUUUCUCAUCAAGCACUAUUGAUAUACGAUGACUAGUGAAGAAAUUUUAUUAUUGAAAACGAAAAUCAUCCCGAACGCGUUUCGGUAAAUCAACAUCGAAUUUAAAUGUUGUAUAAAAUAGUUUAAAGCUUAAUGUUGUUGUCCUCCAUUAAGAUUUGGAAUUAUCAGGGUUGAUACGAUUCUUUUAGAUGUACGAAAUAAAAAAAAAAUAUUGAUUCUACUACGCCUUUCUCGUGUAUUGCCAUUCUUUGCUAGCCUUACUUCCCUCUCAGCCUUCUAUCCUACUAAAGGUAUAUUUAUAAUAUAAUAUGUACAUAAGUUAUUAAAAAAAAAUGUUUAUAUAAACGAGAAAUUGUCAAAGCUACACUGUGAGAAAAAAUUAGAGGGUAUUUAAUAAUGAUUAAGACGUCUUAUAUAAAAAUAUCAGAGACGCCAUAGUUCUUGUAGUAUACUAUAUAUUUAUAAUAUAAUAUGAUACGAUGUUAUAUACUAUUCUAACUAUAUAUGCGUGCAUGAAUGCUUGAGAACUUGCUUCGAUAAAAUAUUAGGAUUUUUCUUUAACUAUAAAGAACAGUACAAUAAGGCUAUUUAUAUAUGAUGUAAUGUGAUUCAAACGAUUAUAAUUAGUGAUUAACAGAACUGAAAAUGGUUGAUAAUAUUCUCGUUAUGUUGUUUGAAAAAAAAAAAAAAAAGAAACUGUAUCAUAUGUAUUUAUUACGCGGCAAUAUAACGCGAAUUAACGCGUUUUGUCAUUUUACAUUUCAUUGCGCUACACUAAGCUGUCUCCAGCGAAGCACCCGUAUGACAAUCGUUAAUUCUCGUCAUUGACCCACGAAAAUGAAGGUGGAGUUUAAAAUUUUUAUCUAUUUAUUGUUGUUUUAAUUCUAAGAAGUGCGUAUUACCUAUAAGGUUUCCGUUUUUUAAAACUGUCAAACAACGAAUAUUAUGUAAAGAUAGAAUGCUACUUCACUAACAUAAGUUUUUAAUUAACAAUUGUAAUGAUAACGUAUAAAUAAUUGGUGUCUAUGUUAAACCCGUGAUUGGUCACAAUGAUACAGCGGUUGAUGCGUGUUAAAAUAAUAAAAAAAUAUAUAAAAAUAAUUACUCAACUUUAUAUAACAGUAGUUUUGUCUAUCGAUACGUAUAAUUAUAAAAUUAAUGAUAAAUAAUGAAUAAAUAAAUGAAAAUCGCACAAUUCGAGUCGAAAAUCUAAUUUAAGAGUAACAAUAAUAGUUAUUAAUGGUAAUUGUUAAGGGAAAGAGGUCAAACUCCUCUUGUUUACGUUUUGAAACAUUAAUACGGGAUAUAAAGAAUUUUAUCUUUGCUUGACAUUACGAGCGGGUUAUCCGUGUGUAGACAUAUUAAGUAAGCCGACUUGGUAUAGUCAACUUAUUUACUCUCAGCUCGUGUGUACGAUCGUAAAUGAUAGAACCACAUUUUCAUUGUAUUCGUCAAGUAAAUUAAAAUGGUAAACUAAAUAAAUACAGCAACUUCCGUCAUAUUGAUAUGAAUAUGCCACGAAAGUUUACGAUAUCCUCCUGUAGUUCGCUCGUGAGUAGGUGCAUGGUCACGGCUUUAGAAACACUUCUUGUCCGUACAACAAUAACUUUGUUAUAGCCAAUUUGUUUUCGAUUAUUUCACUUCUGAUCGAAACUUGGGAUAAAAACAAAACGGUCCAUUAUGUUACUGAAAUCGUAAUUAAUAUGUAUAUUGUAUUAAAAACAUAAAAAUGUCCUUUAAAAUAUACCAAAUCUACCAUUGAACGUUAGUGAAAUUUAGGAAGUGUUUCCCCGCAAUUUCCGUUUUCGCCUCCCGUGUAUAUAUUUCUUGUCGAGGCCACAUUUAGGUGUUCGGAAUAAACAGGCUUCCAAUUCUAGUCUAUUGGACGAUCACCGUUUUCGACCAGUCCUCCUAUCCCUCUACGAUGAUGGCCACAAAUAAUUGAUAUUUAUAUAUUUUUUAUUUUGUAUUUUUUUUUUUUAUUCAAUUUAUACCAAAAACUCGUACGAUGCUUUUAGAUACCGUUACCGAUGGAUCUCUUUUUUUUCUAAUUAGCGUAAAGCUGUUACUUAUUUUUGGCUGACCAAAUGAACGUGAAUACAUUAGCAUCCAAACAAUUGGGAUUUGAAGUGUGUAAAUAUUAGUAAUACGUUUUUUGUGUAACGUUCAAAGAUUGUGGACCCCUGUUGGGUUUAUUUUAUUACAAUCAAUUUGUCCAGCGUUAGUGUAAGGAUCUUUAUUUUUAAAAUCAAUGUAAUAUUUAGGUUUUAAAAUGUGGAUUUUGUGGUGUUUUUAUUUCGAUCGUGGUCGUUCCGAUUUCUCGAUUGGAUUUCUUUUGUAAAUUAUUGUCUUAUAUAUUGUUUAAGAUACAUAACUAUAAUUGCAUAUAAUGUACGUAGUGUUUUUAAUUGUUAACUAUGAAUUAACGACGUAGUUACUGUGUUUUAAGCGAACGUGUACAUUUUUAACGUACUUGUUUCAAUAAUGAAUAUAUAUAUAUUAUUAUAUGGUAAAAAUAAAUCAUCCAGUUUUUUAAAAAUA